AUGAUGAGGCUUCGCUCUACUCUGGGCACUUGGCUCUUCACACUUCUAGUGAUGCCAGUGUACUGCCAAAGUGGUGAUGAUGGGGAGUGGGGAUCAGGUGACGUCUCUGGGACUGCGGUCACUGGCAACUCCUCCGCUUCAGUCAUCCAUGCAGUCGGGGACGAGCCAGACAGGACCAGGCCAGUUUUUCAGAGCCUGCCAGAGACAGAAGGCGGCGACUGUUAUGUCAACUUUCACACCAGCCAAGUCAUGUCAAGGCGGUUACGAGCUUUCAGAGAGGAAGUUGCUUAUCUCAAGGCCCUUCAACAUGGGAAUCAGGCAGUGAUGGAGAAUCUGGUCCAGUUUGUAGGAGCAGAGAUGGGAGAUCAACGCUACGAGGAGGUGAUCCAAGAGAACAUUGUUGGAAUCAGGGAGGAUCACGUGAGCUGUGAGAGCGUGGUGACAAAAGCAGCAGAGGAGUUGGAGAGUCAGCUGGAGGGAGACGCUCAAGCCACUUUGGCUGGAAUUCAGAAAAUAAAAGAGGAGUCCCUUGCGUUUGAAGAAAUGCUGCGUACCGCGACGGACAUCGCCACUCGACUGGAGAGCUCCUCACGAACCCUGCAUGUGGAGAUGAUCGAACAGCUGAGGAAGAACAUGAGACGGCCGCGCAAAACUAAAUGA